GUGUGUGUGUGUGUGUGUGUGUGUGUGUGUGUGUGUGUGUGAGAGACAGGAGUUGCUUCUCUGUUUGCUGUAAUUAACAUUUUUAAAGCAGAGAUACAAGUGAAUAUGUGGGUAAAUGUGUCAUCAGAACUAUUUCCUCUUGCGAGCAUGUUGGCACGGGCUGGUUGAAUUCCAUAGAUUCAGACGUCAUAACUUGGCGAAGGAUGUGGUUUAUUUACAAGAACAUGCAGAACUUCUAAUGGUUGUGGUUGCCUGAGGCAGGUCAGCUCCUCACAGGGGUUCAGACCAUCCUCUGUGAUUUGGGUUUACGUCUCUGCUCUGAGUGGCGCAGUGUUUUCGGGUCGGUCAUCCGUCCGUGUGUGAUAUCUGAGGAAUGCCUUAAGGAAGUUCCUCAAAUUUGGCACAAACAUCCACUUCAGAGUGAACUGAUUAGAUUUUGGUGGUUAAAGGUUACUGUGACUGCACAGAACACAAUGUCACACAUAUAUCUAACAGGAUAAAAUGAUGUGGUGGCAACAUUUUGGACAGACAUUGGUGUAAACUGCAACUUGACUGGUUGGCAGAAGCAUACAUAUUCUACAUUAUUCUUCUGCUGCCAAAAUAGUCUCCACCUCCAUCUUCUGCCACGGCAAAUGUGUACUGACCAGCAUUCUGUAGCGUCCAGUCAACAACCUUGUAGUGAAGUAUCGUCUUUAUCCUGUGUUAACUGUCAUAAUGAUGAUAAUAAAAUCAAUUAAUAUUAUAAUGGUUGUAUUUUCAAAUUCUAUCUCUUAUUGAUUUAUCUGUAUGAGGUGAACUGCAGGUGUGUGUGUGUGUGUGUGUGUGUGUGUGUGUGUGUCAUGUUCUACUGCAGUAGAGCACUAUGUACCACUGAGAGCACAGGUUUUCCAGCAGGGCAAAUAAAGGACACUGUAUGUAUUUAUAGCAGGCCACCUGCAGCCUUUACACGUGUUGGGACCUCUGGUAAACAGAGCUGCCUACAGUCUGAACGCAUGUCAGUCCCAGCUGCACUGAAGAAGAAGCCAGUGAGUCACAAGGCUGAGCCUCUGAUCUGGGUUAGGUCAGUGGCGAUGAGGUGCUCCAGAGGACCUGUACCGCCAAUCCAAAACCAUCUCCUGUCACCGUGGCUCAGUGCGGUGCACCGUCCGGGGCUCUGACACCGCUUAUAAUUCGUGUUCAUGAAAACGGAGCUGAGCAGGGAUUCAUCCUGCCCGGCCCUCCAGGGAAGAAAAAGAAAAACCCGGCAUCUGCAUCCCAGCAGUCUGAUUAGAGGUUUCCAGAGAUUACUUAACGGUGGUUAACUCCAGUUCUUCUGUCGUCUGCUAAACGCAACACCUGUAGUGUGGGAGGAACUGGGGCUGGAAUAGGAUGUGGCAAACUGCGGUGAAGGCCAGAGACUGCAGAAAGACACAGUUCAUAGUUCCUCUGUUACUGUAACUUACCUGCGGUUCCUCCUAUGACACGUUGGGAACAUCAUUAGGAACACUCUGCAGUGUGCAGACUGUCCUAGCAGAAGCAAGCUGGAGGAAUAUAAGGCAGCAGAUUUUUAGCUGCAUUUCGUGAGGUUAUCGGCUUCUUUGAAGCCAGCAAGAAAAUGCCUGAGGCUUACUCGCAGCUUUGCCGAGGCAGAGCCAGGUUUUCAAGCAAUAGAGAACUGUCAUUUGUUUAUAGUACUGAAUGCAUCAAAAAGAAAAAUGAGUUUAGGUCUACAAAUAGGGUGUGGAGUGCAGUUGGUCACCCUCUCUUGGUAUCUUACUGAUGUUGAUAAUAUACAGCUCCAAAAGAGAUCGGAGAAAACGCAUGUACGUAUGUAUGGCAGCGUGGUCAAUAAUGGAACUAUUAUUGAACUAUAGUUUUAGUUUGUUCAAAUGUGAUUUAUUAAGAGUAGGUUGGAACUUUGAAGUGUUGUUCUGACACCAAAUAAUUAAGAACCGGUGUAUUGAUUUCAUAAUCAUGUUUUUCGUCUUUUGUCUUCAACAGAAAAUUUCAAUACCACGGUCGGAAAAUUCCAGUGAACUGCAAUCGUUUACUUUUUACCUGUCGAAUGUGGGCAGAGAUAACCCCCAGGGCAGCUUCGACUGCAUCCAGCAGUACAUCACCAGUGAAGGGAGCAUUCAACUGGAUUGUUUGGGUGGGAUCCAGGACAAGAUUACAGUGUGUGCCACAGACGACUCCUACCAGAAGGCCAGGGAAAAUAUGGCCCAGGUCGAGGAGGAGACUCGCAGUCGGAGUGCCAUCGUCAUCAAGCCCGGGGGGAGAUACGUAGGUAAGAAGGUUCAGAUCCGGAAACCGGCACCUGGCCUCUCGGACGUCGCCCCGUUACGGAGGACGUCUCGGCCCGUCAUCAUCUCUAGCAGUACGCUGAAGAAGGGCACGCCUCAGCACCGGCCGCUCCGAGAGCGCCUCACACACCUGCUGGCCCUCAAGCCUUACAAGAAGGCUGAGCUCAUCCUGAGGUUGCAGAAAGAUGGCCUCUUGCCACUAGACAAGGACUCCCUGGAUAGCUACCUGCAACAGGUGGCGAACCUGAACGGGAAGGACAACACCUUCACAUUGAAGGACGUUUUGUAUAAGGAGAUCCAGAAGGACUGGCCAGGCUACACAGAAGGAGACCAGCAGCUUCUCAAGAGAAUCAUGUUUAAGAAGCAGAACCAGACCCUGAACAGCUCCGCCCCUCCGCUGGAGAGCCCGCCCAAAGAGCUGGCUGGCAGCUCGCCAUCUCAGAAACGACCUGCUGCUGACUUCAUCGACCCUCUAGCCAACAAAAAGCCCAGGAUAUCGCAUCUCGCCGGCAAGGCUGCAACAGCCCCGGUUAAUGGCAAGCUCAACUCCUCCAAUGGGAGAGGGGAGGCAGGUGGCGCUCAGGCCGGAGUGGCGGUUUCAAUGUCGGACGGCGGCACGACGUCCAGCUCCCAGCAGCUCCCUCUACUAGACAUCCCCCGUCCUUUCGAAGCACUGUCGGAUGUCAGCAAUGACUCCAGCCACAACGGGAGAGAUUGUGACUCUCAGGAAACCGCCGUGUCUGAGAGGCUCAGCCAACAACCGACGCUGCUCUCGGGCCCGGCGCCCAGCAUCGGCACACCGUCUCCUGGACACACGGGCCCGGUCGUUCCUCGGGACAAGAGUCCUCCGUCUCUCAACAACAAGUCCAGGAAGAAGUCAAAAAAGCAUAAAGACAAGGAAAAGAGCAAAGACAAGGAGAGGGUGAGGGAAAGGGCUCAGGAGAAGGAGAGGAAGAGUCGUGGGGAACGUGUGCCUGAGCAGAACCAAGCCUGCGAGCUGAGCCCAGGAAACCUCAAAAGCAACAGUAUUCCACACAAAAGCACAGAUCUGAAUGGGAUGUGCAACAGUACCAGUAUUCCUACGUCGUCACCUGAGGUGGCAGGCUAUUUAUUGAAGUACAUGGUGAUCGUCUCUCCGGAGCAGCGUCAGAGGUAUAAAAACGAUUUCAACUCCGAGUACAGUGAGUACCGAGGUCUGCAUGCUCGGAUAGACGGCAUCACCCGGCAGUUCACCGUGCUCGACAAUGAGCUCAGACAGCUCCCUCAAGGCACAGACAAGUACAAGACAAUCCACAAUCAGAUACUUCAAGAGUACCAUAAAAUAAAAAAGACUAAUCCAAACUAUAGCCAAGAGAAGAACCGCUGUGAAUAUCUACACAACAAACUGGCAUAUAUAAAGAGACUUAUUGCCGAGUACGAUCAACAGCAACUUUAAAAGUAGUUCCGACAUUGUUUCCCUGUUGUCUCUGGAAACCAAGCAGAUAAAGGAAAACUCUGGAUUCCGCCUGUGCUAAAAAACAACAAAAUGUUCACAUGAAAGAUGCCAUGAAAGGAGUAUUCCCCCUCAUUGGGGCCAAAGGCUCGAAUGAAGACUUAAGCAGGACACAUGAUAUUUUUCUCUUUCCUUCCCCCCCCCCCCCCGUUUCUUUUUUGGAGGACGGGGUUGUGCCUCGUGUGGCACCAGGUCCGUCUGUGUAGUAACGAUGCAUCCAGGAAAAAAACGGCUCCGCGUGGCUUUAUUUUUCUCAACAGCCCAACCCUGCUAUGUGAACAGAGGUCUAAAAGAGUCGAACAUGGAAAACUUUCUCACUUUCUUUGGAGAUAAUCCAAAUAAUCUUUCCUGCUUUUGAAACUAGAUAUUUGAGACAGAGAUGUAAACUGCGGACUCUACGCCAAAUGCAACUAAUUUAUAAUGAUCACUUCCCCCCCCCCCCCCAUGUACUGAAACGAAUGGUUAUGACUUUGAAGUUAUUUUUCCGUUUUUUCCUUUUUAUUUAUUUUUGACACUUAAUUCAGGAGGAUGAGUCUGUUCUACACUCCUCGGUAUCAGUACUUUAAAAGCUGUCUCUUCUCUUUCUGUCCUCGCACCAUGAAUGUCAGCCAGUAUUUUAUUCAGAAGCUGCCUUGCCCGUCGAAUUGUCAAUCUGUUGGCGUUAAUUAUAUUUCGCUCUUUUAAAGAGAUGCAGAUAUUUACCAUUGAACAAAUCGCGACAAUGCGUCUAAAUGCACACGGUCGGCUGCAGGUUUGUGUGCUCGGCUUUUCUUUUCUGGAAAACAAAAAAGCAACCUGUGCAGAUGUCUUAACAUGUGAGAAGGUCUGCAGUCACUGUGGAGCCGUAGACCUUCUCUAAACACGGUCCUCCUCACUCAGCUGUGACGAGCCGCAGUGCUUGUUCACCGAUUUCCAGCAGUUGGUCCUGAUGUUCAUCAUAAUGUAUCGAUGAACUACAUUCAGCUCUUAAUUGGUUGUCUUUCCAGUUUAGGUCCUGAUGGCUUUUUGUAGCAAUAGAAUAAUUCAAAGUUAUCGGAAGAGUAAAAAACCGCCAGCGCUGCUCUUCUUCAUGCUUCAGUAAAAUCCUCUUAAUUGUAAGAUGAUGCAGACGGGGGAUGCGGAUCUGUCUUUUUCUUUUCAUCCUUAAAAAAAAAAAAAAAAAAAAAAAAAAAACUAGUUCUCUUCCACAGAUCUGCUAAUUUACUAUCAUUUACACAAGUUAUGUUCAAAUAGUGUUCACAGCGUCUUUAAGAAAAAAGAGAUCAAGCUGUUAGUUUCGUCUGCUCAUCGACCCACGUGAUAGUCCAUCGAGACGACUGUUAAGAUGAAGCCAUCCUCCAUCAUGUUACCGGGUGGAGGCCUCUCUCACCUGCGACCAGUUUUUGCCUUUUUCAAAUGUGAUGUCAGAUAUUCACCGAGGUUGACCUGAAAUCUAUUUCCCGGAUCAGCUCUCGCGACAGAUCCACUCGCCGUGUCCGAAGACUACUUAGAACUGCUGUAUCCUGACUUCACCCGAUGAACGAGCGAGUUCAGUCAGCGACUGCGUUUCUUAAUAACGAUCUUUUUAUGUGAAAUAUGAAAAAUCAGCACUUUUUUUCUCCUGAUCUUGCUGUUACCUGGGGGGGGGGGGGGGGGUUUGUCCAAAUGACACUUUUCUCUUUGUUCAUCAGAGUGCAUGCUUUAUGAAUGUGUUACAAUGAACAGUCUUUGUAUCUUUACUUGAAGAAAAAAAAAAACUAAAAAAAAAAAAAAAAAACUGCCCAAGGAUAUCGAAAGCCAAGCAAAGGCCUAGUUCAACUGAAUUUAGUAUGUAUCGAUUCGACGUGGCUCUGACCAGCAUGUAUACCAAAGUGCUUAACCGAGUGGGAUGAAACAAAACGCUCUACCAAAUGACAAAGGAACAUGUCACAGUAUUCUCUUCUUCCUGUUAUCAUUUCAUUCGUCAUCAUUUAUCACCCAGUGGAAACUUUCCCCGUGUUUUCUUGUGAGAAGUCGGAGGCGACUCCUUUUGCUCCAGAUGGGGAUUUGCAUGACUGGGCUCGAGUGUUUUUUAAGGUAAUGUCAGAUUUCAGAUUAUGUAACCCUCCUAAUGCAAACACUACAUUAAGGCCAAUGCUCCAGGACUCACCGGGUCUAGGCUGAGGCUGGAUCUGGGUCUGGAGGGACACGACGUUUGUAACGGUGAAUAUCUUGUUACCAGAAUCGGCAUUGCCCAGUACUGCAACCUUUUCUUUUCUUUCUUUUUUUUUUUUUUAACAAGAAAGACACUUUUCACUCACUGUAUCUUGUUUUCUAGAAACAUUCUGACAUAAUUCCUGUAUAACAACUCUUAUUACGGUCAGAUAUCCAUUGUGAAUGUGCUCAUCAGUGAACACGCUUUGCUCCGACGGAGAGCAAACUGUUUGACAGUAACGAUAUGCCAGCACAGGAGUACCGUUGUAUGAGUUGAUUGUGCCAAAAUGACCUGUUGUAUAGGUUUUUCUUUUCUUUUCUCGAGUAUAUACAUGCUGCUGUAUAAGCAAAGAGGGCUUUGGAGAAGAGUCAUGAAAUGUUGGCGCUAAAACCCAAAGCACGCUUUUUGAAAACCAUGAGGGACUGGGACUGAAAUUGAUCUUUGUUUCAAUAAAAUUCUUUAAAAUCCUGA